UGUUGUUCCGUGUGCUGCGAACUUCUUGGUUUGGGUGAAGGGAGCCUCGCGCAUCCACACAUGGAAGGAGAUGUGAUGGACAAGCUGGACGACAUGGCCUCGGUCUACGAGUUCGAUCCGUUUACAGGCAACAUUCCUGCCACCAAAGUGGAAAUUACCGUCUCCUGCAGGAAUCUUCUAGACAAAGACACAUUCUCCAAAUCAGACCCAAUGUGUGUCCUGUAUACACAAGGAGUGGAAACUAAGCAAUGGAGAGAGUUUGGUAGAACGGAGGUGAUUGACAACACAUUAAACCCAGACUUUGUCAGAAAGUUCAUCCUUGACUACUUCUUUGAGGAAAAGCAGAACCUUCGAUUUGACUUAUAUGAUGUUGACUCUAAAAGUCCAGACCUAUCAAAACAUGUCCCACUGCUUUUACAGGAUUUUCUUGGCCAGAUGUUCUGCACUUUGGGUGAAAUUGUGGGCUCACCAGCAAGUCGACUGGAAAAAACUCUGGGGGGGAUCCCUGGGAAAAAAUGUGGCACAAUUGUCUUGUCAGUAGAAGAGCUUGGAAACUGCAGGGAUAGUGCGACCAUGCAGUUUUGUGCCAAUAAGCUGGACAAGAAGGACUUUUUUGGGAAGUCAGAUCCAUUUAUGGUGUUCUACAGAAGUAAUGAAGAUGGAACGUUUACCAUCUGUCACAAGACGGAGGUAGUGAAGAACACCCUAAAUCCAGUUUGGCAGUCAUUUACGAUCCCAGUGAGAGCACUCUGCAAUGGGGAUUAUGACCGAACGAUUAAAGUGGAGGUGUAUGACUGGGAUCGAGAUGGAAGCCAUGAUUUUAUUGGUGAAUUCACCACCAGCUACCGCGAGCUAGCCCGAGGUCAGAGUCAAUUCAACGUGUACGAGGUGGUGAAUCCAAAGAAGAAGAUGAAAAAAAAGAAAUAUGUCAAUUCUGGCACGGUGACACUGCUGUCAUUUUCUGUGGAAUCCGAAUUCACGUUUCUCGAUUACAUUAAAGGAGGGACGCAAAUCAAUUUUACAGUAGCCAUUGAUUUCACCGCCUCUAAUGGUAACCCAUCCCAGUCAACGUCGCUCCACUAUAUGAACCCAUACCAGAUGAAUGCCUAUGCAAUGGCACUGAAGGCUGUGGGAGAAAUCAUCCAGGACUAUGACAGUGACAAAAUGUUCCCUGCACUGGGCUUUGGGGCAAAAUUACCCCCUGAUGGACGAGUGUCUCACGAGUUUCCUCUGAACGGCAAUAUUGAAAACCCCUACUGUAAUGGCAUUGAAGGGAUCUUGGAGGCCUACCACCAGAGCUUAAAAACUGUACAGCUUUACGGUCCCACAAACUUUUCCCCUGUCGUCAAUCAUGUAGCCAGGUAUGCAGCAGCUGUGCAGGAUGGCUCACAGUACUUUGUCCUCCUUAUAAUCACAGAUGGGGUUAUAUCAGACAUGGCCCAGACCAAGGAGGCCAUUGUGAAUGGUGCCAAGCUUCCCAUGUCAAUCAUCAUUGUUGGAGUGGGCCAAGCUGAGUUUGAUGCAAUGGUGGAGUUAGACGGUGAUGACAUAAGGAUUUCCUCAAGAGGAAAACUAGCGGAACGGGACAUUGUACAAUUUGUGCCAUUUCGGGAUUACAUGGACCGGACGGGAAAUCAUGUGUUAAGUAUGGCACGUUUGGCUAAAGAUGUUCUGGCUGAAAUCCCAGACCAAUUCAUCUCCUACAUGAAGAGUCGGGGCAUCAAACCCAACCCGGCACCCCCUCCUUACACCCCCUCAGGACACACGCACCACACUCAGAUCUGAAACCCCGAUUCCUGGGGUUUCCUAUCCUAGCUGGAUAUGGCAUCACCCUCCGUGUAAUUAUGGCCUUUGGUUUCCUGCAUUAUUGUACAAUACUGUAGGGAGUCUCCAGUAAAGUCUGAGAGGGCAUUUCUAAUUGUGCUUUAGUUCCUGGAUGUUUUUUUUCUGGGUAAAGUGCAUGACCCAAGAAACAGACUUGCUUUUGUCAAAAAAAAAAAAGAAAAAAGAAAAAUAUUGGCCUGUGACUGUUUCUCUUUUUGUGUGGUAGGUUAAAGAGGGAGGAGGGUACAUUGUGUAUUCAGCUUGUGCCUGUCUGUGGUUGUCUGUAUAUCAAGACACAAGUACUGUGCUCUAACAUUUGACCUUGCUCCACAUUGGUGUGUAAGAGCAUGUGUGCAUUCA